AAAGCACAGAGCCACCAGUCAAACAAGGAAGAAGUUUAUAGUAGGUCCGUUUCUUCUUCUCAGUGCUUGUAUCCUUGAUUCUCUUUCUCUUAGGGCUUCAAUCUACAGUGCUGAUUAGAGAGAGGGAGACUGCUUUGCACCUUGCUGUAGUGCACACUCACUAUUUGGCAGUGUAUUUGGUAUCAUAUGCCCAUGUUUCCCUCUGUCUGUUCCUCUUUGUUUCAUUUUCCUGUGGACCAUGUGUGUUCAGCCCUAAUCAUGCCCACUAUGACGCCAACUGCUGACUCCUUGGCCCUCCCUGGGAGUGGCCCAGGCUCUGUCUUGUUGGUUACUGCUCUUCCCAGGCACAGGGACCAGUACACACCCCUCUGUCUCUCUCAGAGUAAAAGUCAUUUAAUGGCUAAGAGACCCACCCUUGCUGUCCAACAGAUAGUGACAACUCACUAUUUCAGAUGUUACUCGCUCUACCCGUGGUUAGCUCCAGAUUCCUAGACCCUAAAAGUGAUCGUCCACAAUUUUCCUCAGUAUCUUUUAACAGGACAUUGUUUUUGCCGUCCCUUUCCUCUGAGCACACAUCAAAUACAGAUCUCUGACACUGUCUUCUAGCUCUCGGCCUCUACAUUUGGGUCCCAAUUGUGGAGACAGAACAGUGGGUCAGGAUGAGGGCUGGGAAUCUUGGAGGUUUGAAUCUUGGCCCAUUUGUUCAGUUCUACAAGUGACAGUUUCAUUUUAUUUUUAGCACAUCUCCACAGCAAGCAAGAUCUGUAUCAAUUUCUAUAAGAGUCGUAAACAUUUUUGCACAAAAUACAACUGAAAAUGAGAUGUCUGUAUAUAAUAACAUUAAGGAAGAAGAGAAAAACUCAAGUAACAUUUCAAGAUAUAUACAGCAAGAUCAGUGUGACUAUUAUGGUUGUGAAAAUAUUCAUCAAGAUAACUGCAGCAAUAUUAUAAAUUGCCAGUGUAAAGAUGGGCUGGAGAGACCUUUCUUACAGUCCCCCUUCUGUCUUGCUUUACAGUGUUCUGAACACUGCAAACCAGAGAACAACAAGCAAUGCUUAAAGAAGAGCACUGGGGAACUGACGUGUGCAUGCCUACCGGGCUACAGUAAGACUCUUAACAACAACUGCCAAAAGUGUCCAUUUGGCUACAGUGGAAUGGACUGUGAAGACCAAUUUCAGCUGAUCCUCACUAUUGUGGGCACCAUUUCAGGCGUCCUUAUUCUCAGCUUGGUGAUUGGCUUGGUCAUCUUGAUGAGUUCAAAGAACAGAAAGAAGAACAUCGAAGAGCAGAACUUGAUCGAGAAUGACUUCCAGAAUCUGCAGCUACAGCAGACUGGGUUCAGCAAUCCAGGAGCUGAGGGGAACCUCUUCCCCAGGGUCAAGACCAGUGCCUCCAGAGACCACCAAAAUCCCUACAUAGGCCAGUAAAGCGCACCUGGCUCUCUGGCUAGAAUGGUGAAAAUUUGGAGCCUCCACAGCACUAGCCCAAUGUACAAGCUACUAUUUUGAGUGUUUAGAAGGACUUGGAGAAGCAUGCAUGGGUGCAGACCCGACCACCUGACACCUGCUGGCCUCUCAGAACAGAACCUCUGAAUGGUGCAAGGAACUUGGGUCUUACUAAAGAAGCAUCUAUGGGCCAGGGAUUUAGCUCAGUGGUUCCGCUGCCUGCCUCCCAAGCACAAGGACCGGAGUUUGAUCCCCGGUACAAAAAAAGGAGAAGCAUCUAUGAAGUCAAAUGCGCACAAACGCUGUUAGCACUUGUAGGAUAGGUGAUUUUUCUCUGAUCAGUACAAAGUACUCAGACAAUGGUUAGUUUUGUUUUGGUUUGGUUUUGUGUUUUUUCCUGGUAGGGCAACACCAUCUGCCCCCUAGAGGAGAGUCCCCAGCAGUACUGUACUCAUCCCCGGAAGAAUGUUGUUCUAUAGUUGACAGCUAGGAGAUGUGUGGCCUAAUCCUCCUGGGGACCUGACCCACAAGCUGUGGAGCGCCCAGGAAAGGAAGAACAUACCAGCCUUUAAGUCCACUCUCCGACAGGUGAGAAUAGGGACACUACAUCUGUCUCUCCCACAUGCUUUGAACUGCUGGGAGCUUGUGACCUGGCCUUACCCGGAAGAGACAGGAAAGCGAAAUGUCUUUCGGUCUUCAGGACUUACUGGGGAGAUGGAAACUUCUUGAUGUUAACGAUAAGAACUAGAACCAGGCAAGGUGCUAUAUCCCUGUAAUCCCAGCUACCUGGAAUGCUGAGGUAGGAUGACUGCAAAUUCAAGGCCGGGCUAGGCAAUUUAUUGUGAUUCUGUCUCAAAAUAAAAUUAAAAGUUCUAGUGAUGUAGCUUAGUGGUAGAACACUCACCUAGCAUGCACCAGGCUUCUGGGUUCACUCUCCACUACUGCAAAAAAAAUAAAUAAAAGAAAAUGUGGACUAGAGAUGUCUAGAGUAGGGUACAUUCUAGAGCUUUUGAAAUGCUAGUUGAUAGGAGAGGUAGGAAGAAAACACAUGACCAAAGGUAGGAGAGAGGCCAAAAGUUGUGCUGAGAAGACAAGUAACGGAGGAGGGAGCAGGCUCCACCUUCUGCCAUGAGCUACCCUCCUCUGUAAGCAAAGGGACCCUUCCUCCAGCGCAUGCCCUUCCACGACCAGGGCUAAGGAAAGGAUAUAAAACAGGAGUCAGCUCAAGGACACUUUGAAAUCACAGGCCUUUUGUUCAUGGUGGCAGGGAGCUUGUGCCCAGAGCCCAGGGGUCCUGAACGUUUGUUGCAGUUUGCAGAUUUAUUUCACCAGGGACCCAGCCUGUCCUGGUGACAGAGGCUUAGCUGUGGCCCCCAGCAUACCCAUGAUUGGGGCCACCACAUCCAGCAGGCUUUUAAGUGUAAAUAGUAUGCUUGGAUAUGUCUAAUGUCUGGUCCCCUUGAAGGUAUUAUUUUUGUUAUUAUUAUUUGUUGUUGCAAUAAAAUGUCUUUGAUAGAUGCAUUCCUUUCUUAUGCUUUGGGAUUUUGGUGAUGUACACAGCAACUAGUCUCUCUUUUAUAUUUUUUAUUUUUCCA